AUGGGUAUUCUGAAAAUCUCGAACCGCGAAGGUGUUCAAGUCUUGAUUGGAUGCUGCUUUUUUGGUUGGCGGUCGAUCACCGACGAACAGGCAACGAGAAUGCUUGGAGCUCAGGCACUUCGCACCAAACAGAAAGCCGAACGCAAGGAGAAAGAGAAGCGGCAUCGCGAACGCAUUCGGAGCAUUGAGAUGCAACGCAAUCAGAUUCAUCGCGCCGCAUGCGAGGAAUCCGAAGCGCAGUAUCUCGACAUCACCGCGAAUCCGCCGCUAAAAGUUCGUAGCCUGAGCGUUUGUAAAAAUGGUGACGAAGUGAUUAUUGUGAACACAAAACAUCGACAUUCGGUGCACUCGGGAGCAGUUCCGCACCUUCAAGUGCGUCUGACGAGCCAUCGCAACUCAUCGGCGGACCGCUAUGAGCUUGAGCCGAAUGAGAUGGGACCACAACGAUCGACGUCUAGCGAUUAUUGUAGGGCCGAUAAGAAGAAUUCGUCGGUGUCGAGCACAACGCGUCUCCUCAAAUGGCUCGGCAUCAGCGAUAAAGCCGAGCCGGCGACCGACAAAAAAUCGCUAGCCAAACGCCGAAUGUCAACGUACACCUAA